GAAUACCCUUUACCAAACUUCAACCGAUCGUCAAUGAAAACUACCAAAAUACCCUCUCACCAACCUUCACCAACUCCUCCAUUCCACGCUGUAUAUUUAAACAUUUCGAUUGUCCUCCACUCCACCACCGUGUGCCACCAUGACCCUCCUACUCCUCCCCCUCUCAUUCCCUUUAUUCUUCCUAGCUUACAUACUCUACCAAAAACUCCGAUUCAAGCUCCCACCGGGCCCACGCCCAUGGCCAAUCGUCGGAAAUCUCUACGACGUCAAACCAGUCAGGUUCCGCUGCUACGCCGAGUGGGCACAACAAUACGGUCCGAUCAUCUCCGUCUGGUUUGGAUCAAUUCUAAACGUCGUCGUGUCCAACAGCGAGUUAGCAAAAGAAGUACUUAAGGAAAAGGACCAGCAAAUGGCGGACCGGCACCGGAGCAGAUCGGCGGCGAAGUUUAGCAGAGAAGGGCAGGAUUUGAUUUGGGCGGAUUAUGGACCACACUAUGUGAAGGUUCGGAAAGUAUGUACGCUUGAGCUGUUUUCACCGAAGAGACUUGAAGCUCUUAGACCAAUUAGGGAAGAUGAAGUUACUGCUAUGGUGGAAUCCAUCUUCAAGGACUGUACCCAUCCUGAUAAGAUUGGCAAGAGUUUGCUAGUGAAAUCCUACCUAGGAGCAGUAGCAUUUAACAACAUCACCCGACUCGCUUUCGGGAAACGAUUUGUAAACUCCGAGGGCGUGAUCGAUGAACAAGGGAAAGAGUUCAAAGCUAUCGUGGCCAACGGGCUAAAGCUUGGUGGAUCUUUAGCCAUGGCUGAACACAUUCCAUGGCUCCGGUGGUUCUUCCCACUUGAAGAAGAAGCCUUUGCCAAACACGGAGAACGCCGUGAUCGGUUGACCCGAGCCAUUAUGGAGGAGCACACCGCCACUCGUUUAAAAACCGGUGGAACCAAGCAACAUUUUGUCGAUGCUUUACUAACACUUCAAAAGCAAUAUGACUUGAGUGAUGACACUGUUAUCGGCUUACUUUGGGACAUGAUCACAGCGGGAAUGGACACAACCGCAAUCUCAGUUGAGUGGGCAAUGGCCGAGCUAAUAAAGAAUCCACGGGUCCAAGAAAAAGCUCAACAAGAAUUAGACACUGUAAUCGGCUACGAACGUGUACUCAUAGAACCCGACUUCUCAAACCUCCCAUACCUCCAAAGUGUAGCCAAAGAGGCCUUACGGUUGCACCCUCCAACCCCACUCAUGCUCCCUCACAAAGCCAACACAAAUGUCAAAGUUGGCGGUUACGACAUCCCGAAAGGGUCUAACGUUCAUGUAAACGUGUGGGCCGUGGCCCGCGACCCCGCCACAUGGAAAAACCCGUUGGAGUUUAGACCUGAGCGGUUCCUUGAAGAGGAUGUGGAUAUGAAAGGACACGAUUAUAGAUUAUUGCCGUUUGGUGCGGGAAGGAGGGUGUGUCCGGGUGCUCAGUUAGGGAUUAAUCUAGUGACCUCUAUGUUGGGUCACCUUUUGCAUCAUUUCUCCUGGGCUCCGGCUAAUGGUUUGAGCCCAGAAGAAAUUGAUAUGUCAGAAAACCCAGGGUUGGUGACGUACAUGCGGACCCCGCUUGAAGCUGUCGCCACACCUAGGUUACCUGCUGUGUUGUAUAAACGUGUGGCUGUUGAUAUGUAACUUUGUUUGUUUUUUAAAGGUAUCGCGUCGGUUACAUUUAUAGUUUGCCGAGUUUUGUAUGUUUAUCAAGGUUGGGUGGUGGAAAGAAAGAGAUGUUACAUAUUC